AUGGGAGAUGGUAGUGGUGAUGGUGUAACAGUAGUAGUGGUUGUGGUGACGUUGGCGACAGCAGUGGUGUGGGUUACAACGAAGGUGGGUGAGGGAGAUGGUGGGGGUGGGGGUGAAGGCAUCAAUGGUAACGACGGUGUUGACAACCCUCGUGGUGAGAUGGAAUAUAAUGGAGAUGUUUUUUUAAGUUUUAGAGGUUCCGACACUCGUUAUAAUUUCACUGAUCACCUCUAUAACACGCUUCUGAAUGCUAACAUCAAUACCUUUUUGGACGAUGAAGAGAUUGAAACCGGGCUAUCUUUGAAACCGGAAUUGGAGAGUGUAAUCAAAGCAUCCCGAGCUUCUAUUAUUGUGUUGUCUCAAAAUUAUGCUUCGUCGACCUGGUGUCUUGACGAAUUAGUAUUGAUUCUUGAACAACUUAGGAAGCCAGGCUAUAUUCUUAUCCCCAUCUUUUAUCACGUCGAGCCCACUGAUGUCAGGAAGCAACAAAAUAGCUUUGGAGAAGCAAUGGCAAAGCAUAAAGAGAGGAUGGAGACAGAGACAAAUGCAGAUAAAAGAAGUCAAUGGGCUCAAAAAAUAGAUCUAUGGAAUAAAGCACUUACACAAGUUGCCGAUUUAAAAGGAGAAACUGCAAAGGGCAGGAAAGAGACGGAGUUGAUUGACAAAAUUGUUACCAGCAUCCGUCGUAAAUUAGGUGUACGCUUAUGUAGUACUCUGCCACCCCUUAUCGGCAUGGAUUAUGACAUUCAAUUCAUUACCUCUUGGUUAAAAGAUGGAUCAUCUCAUCCUGYUGACAUCCUCACAAUUUGGGGCAUGGGUGGGAUCGGGAAAACUUCAUUGGCCGAAUAUGUCUUUAGGUUACACCGUUAUAAAUUCCAAAGGAGUAGCUUUAUUGCAGAUAUUAGUAAGAAAUGUGCUGAAAAGUUUAGUGGAUUGCUUGAUUUGCAAAAACAAAUUUGUCAUGACAUUUCAAACACGAGUUCAAUUCAAGUUCAUCAUGUUUCCGAAUACACCUCUCAGAUCGAGAAUGCAAUAGCUCGUACAAAGGUGUUUGUAGUUCUUGAUGAUGUUGAUAGUCUCGAUCAUUUGGAUGCAUUAAUUGGGAAGAAAGGUUUUCUUCCGGGAAGCAAAAUCAUAAUAACGACCAAGGAUGCAUCGUUGACAGAAAAGUAUGAGCUAUUCAACCAGAUAGUUCAACCUAAGCAUACAAAGCACUCACUUCGAGGCUUAAAUGGUUAUAAUUCACUACARCUUUUAAGUUUGUCGGCAUUCAAACCCAACAGUCCAAAGGAAGGUUAUGAAGAUGUUUCAGAUACACUUGUUGAGUAUUGUGGGGGACAUCCAUUGGCUCUUAAACUUUUGGGCAGUUCUCUAUUUAAUAAAAAUGUAGCUGUAUGGAAGGAUUACAUAGAAAAGCUAAAGGAAGAACCUAAUUCCAAGAUUACAAAAGUCUUGCAAAUGAGCUUUGACUCUUUGCCAUCUACAGGAGAUAAGGAACUGUUUAAGCACAUUGCUUGUUUUUUUGUUAGAGAAGAUAGAGAAUCAACCGAAACAAUAUUAAAGGCAUGUGGGAUCCACACAGUACUCGGGAUUGAGAAUCUCAUUGAUAGAUGCCUUCUUUGGAUAAGUAAAGAUAACAAGUUAAUGAUGCAUCAAUUGCUUCAAGAGAUGGGAAGAGAUGAAGUACGCCAAGAAUCACCAAACAAGCCAUGGAAGCGUAGUCGAUUAUGGUGUCAUGAGGAAUCAUUCAAUGUGUUGGAACAAAACAAGGGUUCGGGAAAACUUAAAGGCCUCGUUCUUGACAUGGAAAUGCUUGUGAAAGAGGACAUAUGUGAAUUGUUUGAGUUGGAAACAGAUGCAUUGAGUAAGAUGGAUAAUUUAAUGCUACUACAACUCAAUUAUGUGAAAUUCAAUGGAUCUUAUAAGAAUUUCCCUAAAAAAUUAAGAUGGUUGUGUAUGCAUGGGUCCCCUUUAAAGUCUUUACCUUUAGACUUACCAAUGGAGAAUAUGGUUGUGCUUGACAUGUCUUACAGCAAUUUGGAAUCUUUUGACAUGUCUGAUGGUAACCCACAACCUGGGACAAGGCAAAAGUUAAGCGGCUCAUGCUCAAAAGGCAAACAGUUGCUUCGAUCAUUGAAGAUUCUUAAUCUGAGUUUCUGUGAACAGCUUCGGAGUGUUGGUGGAUUUUCUGAAUUCCCUGCACUUGAGAGGUUAAUACUUUCAAAUUGCUCAAGUUUGAUUGAGAUGGUUUAUGAAUUUGGGAUAUUCAGCACAUGGUAUGUGGGGAAAGAGAUGCCAAAUUGUGUAGGUGAUAGAAGGUGGAAGGGGUCAUCAAUAUCAUUUACCAUCCCAUCAUCUCCUUGCAACCUUAGAGGCUUGAAUUUCUUCUGCGUGUUUACAAGUGGAGAGUUCAUAACAAAUGACGGAGAGUUCUUAGCUUAUAUUCCACAUAUAAGGAUUAGUAAUAUAACAAAGAUGUGCACCUGGAUCUAUGAUGUUCCAGGGUUUUUUGAAGGAAGUAGAGAGGGUAUAACAUUUUCUAGCCAUUGGAUGUUUGGGAAGAAUGAGAUGGAAGAUGGUGACCAAAUUGCUAUUUCCAUAAUUUUGGGGCCUCCUUAUCCUAGUAUAAGGAAUACAAUGGAAAGUGGGGUGAGUCUUGUGUAUGAUGAAGAUGGAGAUGAAGAAGAUGUGUUGGGUUAUUACAAGUCAUGGAAUCAUAUAAUUGGUGGGGAUCUCUCUCCUUUUCAAACUACUACUCCUGGAGAAUAUUGCCUACAAUCAUACCGCUUUAUUGGUGUACAAACUUCAUGGCCUGAUUAUAGUUAUGUAGGUAGUAGGUAG